UCUACGCGAGCGAGAGUAAAACAUCUGCUUAAAAAAGAAAUUGAUUGGUUUUGGCUUAAAUUAUAUCCAAUCAGAUUUGAAAUUUGAAACAAAAAAUUUCAUGAAGUCGUAACCAGCCCAACAGCAAUUUUAUUCUACCAGAUCCUCAGAAGGAAACUAGCGAUACGUUGCUUCGCAAAGUUAACUUCUAAUUUAAUAUAUUUUACAUAGUUUAUAAGACUUUUUAAAGAAAAUUCAAAAUGCGUGAAUGUAUAUCAGUUCAUGUUGGACAAGCUGGUUGUCAGAUAGGAAAUGCGUGCUGGGAAUUGUACUGUCUUGAGCAUGGUAUUCAGCCUGACGGUCAGAUGCCUAGUGACAAAACCAUUGGAGGUGGCGAUGACUCAUUUAACACGUUUUUUAGCGAGACAGGUGCAGGCAAACACGUACCAAGAGCUGUCUUUGUUGAUUUAGAGCCAACUGUGAUAGAUGAAAUCCGAACUGGAACAUAUCGUCAGUUGUUUCAUCCUGAGCAACUUGUUACAGGCAAAGAAGAUGCUGCUAAUAAUUAUGCUAGAGGUCAUUAUACCGUUGGUAAAGAGCUUAUUGACCAAGUAUUGGAUCGCAUCAGAAAACUUGCUGACCAAUGUACUGGUCUUCAAGGAUUUUUGAUCUUUCAUUCCUUUGGUGGAGGAACUGGAUCAGGAUUUACUUCAUUACUUAUGGAACGUCUUUCUGUUGAUUAUGGAAAAAAAUCAAAAUUAGAGUUUGCAGUUUAUCCCGCACCACAAGUUUCUACAGCUGUGGUAGAGCCCUAUAACUCUGUUUUGACCACACAUACUACAUUAGAACACUCUGAUUGUGCAUUUAUGGUUGACAAUGAAGCUCUUUAUGACAUUUGCAGACGCAAUUUGGAUAUUGAGCGACCAACCUACACAAAUCUCAACAGGUUGAUUGGUCAAAUUGUGUCAUCUAUUACUGCAUCUUUAAGAUUUGAUGGAGCUUUAAAUGUUGAUCUAACUGAGUUCCAAACUAACUUGGUGCCAUACCCUCGAAUCCACUUUCCUUUGGCCACUUAUUCACCUGUCAUUUCUGCUGAAAAAGCAUACCAUGAACAACUUACUGUUGCUGAAAUAACCAAUGCAUGUUUUGAACCAGCAAAUCAAAUGGUAAAAUGUGAUCCUCGUCACGGAAAGUACAUGGCUUGUUGUCUUUUGUAUCGUGGUGAUGUUGUUCCCAAGGAUGUAAAUUCAGCCAUUGCUACAAUCAAGACAAAACGCACAAUUCAGUUCGUAGAUUGGUGUCCAACUGGAUUCAAAGUUGGUAUUAACUAUCAACCUCCAACAGUUGUACCUGGUGGUGAUCUUGCUAAAGUUCAACGUGCUGUUUGUAUGUUGAGCAAUACAACUGCAAUCGCCGAAGCAUGGGCACGACUUGAUCAUAAGUUUGAUCUUAUGUAUGCUAAGCGUGCAUUUGUUCAUUGGUAUGUUGGAGAAGGUAUGGAGGAAGGAGAGUUUUCUGAAGCACGUGAGGACAUGGCUGCAUUAGAAAAAGAUUAUGAAGAAGUUGGAGUUGACUCAGUAGAUGAGGAAGCUGCUGAAGAAGGUGAUGAGUAUUAAAGUGUAAAAUAUUAUUCUGAAAGUUAAUGAGCAAAUUUAAAA